CGGCAGCCCCAGCCAGCCUCGGCGCGGUGCAGCGGGGAGCACUGGCCGCGCUCCACUGGGCAGAGCGGGCCCCCUCCGGUGGCCGGCCUCUCUCUCGUGGCGUCCCGGGGGCCUCGCGCUGGCGACGUCAGCUGGGGCGGGAACUUUUGCGUAGCGCGUCGCGGCGGCGGCCCCGGCGACACGCUCUGCCCUGCGAGCGGACAGCGUGUCGCUCCGCUCCGCGGGGCGGGAGGCUCGGAAGAGCUCGGGGCGCGGACGCCUGGGGACCGAUAUCUGGGUAGCGUGUCGCGACGAAGCGUGGUGGGCCAGGCCUGGCGGAGCGACACGCUAACUAAAAGUUCCCGACCGUAGCGCCUGUCGAGGUGAGAGGGUGGUGGCCGUCUCGGAUACGUGCACGACCCUUGCUUCUGACCCUCGAUGGUUUUGCAACAUGUUCCAUGUUGUUCUCUCGCGCGCACAGGGGCGAGCUGCUUCGUGUCGCGUCUUCCCCAUGUUCGAGCCUUUGGAUCAAGAAGCAUGAACUAGCACUGUCAGACACGAGCAACACCAGAAGCAGCGAGCAACGUAUCAGAUCGAUGGCCCUAUCCUUCCCCGAGACCAGCUGAGCAAAGAGAGGCCGUUCUGCUCGCUCAGAGGCAGUGGCGUGGGCAUCAUUGCCCGCGACGUCGCCACCAUGGAGGGCCGCUUCCCGUACAACUUCAGCCUCCCGGGCAGCUUCUUGCAGGAAGGCGGCCUGAACAGCACCGCCAGGAGGGCGCUGAAGACCCGCGGCCUCGUGUACAGGAGAGUCUGCGCCGCCCUGCGCCUCCACAGUGAGUGCGGGCGCGACGACGGGGUCCCCGACGCCAGCCCGUGGGCGCUCAAGGAGCCCAAGCUGCGG